CUAUACAGAUGGCAUAUCGCAUGGACGACAAAAAAUUCGACAUCAUGGCAUUUGGCAGAAACAGCCUUGGUGUAUUGGAAAGCAGUAAAGAUUCACUGGAAGAUUCCCUACCGACCCCAGAACUGUGGUUUGACUCAAUAGAGAAAUACAACCAGGAGAAGCGUAUAAAGGACGACGUCAAGACGGCGAAGAAGUUGGAAACUGCGCUUAUCCGGCUGUCGCAACUUGCCCAAGACGAUAUUUUCCCAAAUGCUGAGCGAAUCCGUGUUACAGCUGAUAAACUCGACCCUCUCCGCGUAGACGGCCCAGGUGUCAAAAAUAUACGGGCCCGUAUUGAUAGAUUCAAGGCGGCCAUCGGAAUGAAGUUGGACUCCAGACGGUUGUUCGUCACCGAGGAUGGUCGCAUCGGCGUAGGCCCUCAGUCUUUGCUUGAAACGGACGAAAUUUGGGCGUUGGAUGGAGCUGAUGUUCCAAUGAUCAUAAGGAAGGGAGAGUCAGAAUCGUUUCGGUUUAUUGGAGAGGCUUUUGUUUUUGGGAUUAUGCAUGGGGAAUCAACAAUCGAAGACCCGUCGCAGCUGGUUGAGGUAGUUUUGGAGUGAAGCUCUGAAUGACAAGAACUUGAAUUUG